AAAACACGAAAUGGCAUACAUCACCCAUCGAAUAGAAUAAUACAUUUAUCUUUUUAUAAUCAUAUUUUGUUUGAUAACUGGCUGUUUUGCUCUUUACCAGGUCACGGACACAUUGAAAUAAAUGUCGUCAAAGCUGUUUUCAAGCUUUUGUGGGAGCCGGUUUUAAAGGAUCUGUCUAAGGAAUGUGGCUUCAAGUCUCCAAGAGCACAAGUGUGUGCUCAGUCAUGCACCGAUCACCACAAAGCAUUUAUGCUAUUAACUAUAUUUUUGAGACCUCAAUUCAAGAGAUAAUGUUUACAUUUUUGAAGCACUGUCACCAAAACUCUUCCUCCACGUCAAUAACAAGCUUCUAUACUUACAUUCAGAUUUCCGAGGAUAAAAAUUUUAGAUUCAUGUGUGAUGUCACAAUUAAUUACGUUCUGCCUAUUAUUGUCUACAGAGCUGGUGUGAGGCGAAAUAAUUUUAAAUAUAUUUCAGCCGGAAAGGCACAAUUUCUUAAAUUAUUCUUUGCCUUUGGGAUGAAAAAUUACCAAGAACUAUUAAUUAAAGACAUCCAAAUGUAUGUUCUUGCUCCACCAGAAGUUAAGGACUUUUUGGAGAAAACACAGUCAUUUACAGUCAGUGGACAUCCGUCGAAAGGUGAGGGUGGAGAUUUUGUCUUAGAAGCGAUUAACGGCAAAAUCAAAAGAUGGCUACCUCCUGGCAUUCCCGAGGAAAAACAUUGGCAGGAAGUAUGCAGAAAUGCUGAUUUGCUUGAAAAGAUUCGUGAUAACACCUUUAAAUGUUGCAACAUAAAGGAAGAAAAUGCCAGUAGUGUUUACAAGAGAGAUAUGUCUGAAGAAGUGGUUCAGUAUAGAAUACGCAUCAGGAAAAUCGGUUACUUAUCCAACACUCGCUUCCAAGAAAAUCCACAUACCGCAGUUACCGGUGAAUUUCUCGACAAAACAUUACAUUUAUACGAGAGGCAGAUGGAGGACAAUGUACAGUUUAUUUGCGUGAUAGAAAGAACACUGAUUUCACCCCUGUCUUUACGACUGAGGCUCAGAGAUCGACUUUUUACUCUAUUGAAAGAAAAACAAAGGUUUUUAUUUCACAAAUUACCUUUUUCUCUUUUCAGGAUUAUAAUUGCAUACAUGAAAUACUUUUAUAUGUAAAAGGCACAUGUUACAUUUUUCUGUCUGUCAUAUUUUAAAUGAUUUUUUUAGUGAUGACUGUGAUUUGUAGGGGCAAUAAUUGUUUGGUUGUGUAAAAACGAGAUAAAAACAAUUAUGUAGAUUGGCUGAGCAAGCAAAACACGACACGAAAUUAUUUCCAACUAAAUGUAGCAUAUUACAAUUGAAAUACAAGUCCAAAGGUAACCCAAUGGGAACAAUGUAUUUGUCUGGUAAUGUAUAAUAUUGCUUUUAUUUAUGAUCAAUAGAAACAGUUGAGUGACAUCAUUGAGGAGGGACUUUCACAGAUCAAUGAAAACGAAGACAUAGAAGAAGCCAGGGUGUUAAGAAAUAUGUGGGUUAAUGUGAAAACUCGUCCAAAAUCUGAAAUGAUACACUUCUACAAGGAAAUUGUUGCAGCUAUAGAAAACUCGACCACAUGUACACCAACUGAUGAUGAAAGUUUCGAAGAAGACAGUGAAGACAUGGAGGACAUAUAAUUUGAAGAAUACAUUUUGACAACAGGUUGAACAUACAAUUUUCCUAAUGUUCCUUCUUCUGCUCUGUUGUAUAUACGAAUGUGCUCGAAAAUCUCGUGCAAUAACAUUUACGCGCGCAGGAAAAAGUAUGAAGGAUAUUUGAAAAUAAAAAUAAACGAAAAUUUUUAUACACACCCUGUAUAUUUUGUUACUAUUUUAAGACGGAUGCUGAUGUUAAGUUACAUUUAAUGAUGACAACAAUAUUAAUAUUUUGAUAUUUGUCGUUCGUUUAGUUAAAGACUUCCGGAAAGAAAUUUAGAAAUUUUUCGGGCCAAAGUUUGCUUAUUUAAGGACAGGUAAUGAGUAAAUGGUGUAAAUAGACUAAUUCUCCCAACUCAGCAUCUCUCAGCGCAGCAACUUGGAGGCUGAAUAGUUUCGAAAGGGCCGUGUAUCGAAAAGUCAAGGCCGAUAGGGUAGUGCAGUCAUACUUCGGAUACGCGCUUUCGGACAGGCCUGUUUUUCUAAAGUGAUAUC